AUGGAAAGUCCGGCCACAGACACCACCGGCAGUUUGGAUGCACUUAGGCAGCGGAUAGCAUCCGCCAAGGCUCUUUCCAGCCGAAUACCUUCAGCAACUACAGACAGACUUUUGGCAGCAUUUAGAGAAGGUCUUUUGCUUUCUGAGGAACAGAUCCUUCAGGCCAACCGUGCAGAUGUAAAGGAGGCGGCAGCCAGCGGGGAAAUAUCCCCUGCAUUGCAGAAACGGUUGCCUCUUGAUGCCAGAAAGCUACAAGCACUGGCAGCUGCCAUCGAUGCUCUGGCAGCCACACCAAGCCCUAUCGGCAAGUGCACCCUUGCCACUGAGCUCACAGAGGGUCUCCAUCUGUACCGUGUAUCGGUGCCUUUGGGGGCUUUGCUGAUCAUCUUCGAGGGUCGUCCAGAGGCAUUUGUCCAGAUCGCUUCCUUGGGUCUCAAGUCUGGCAACGUCUGUCUACUAAAGGGAGGGAAGGAGGCUGCUAGAACCAACAAAGCGCUACACGACGCCUUUACCUUAGGCAUUCGUUCAGUGUUUGGCCGAGGCCUUUUAGGGGCAAAUAUGGUUCCAGAGGAAGACAUUAAUGGCCUUUGUUCCCUGGUGCAGCUAGUGGAGACCCGCGACGAUGUGCAGCAGUUGCUCAAACUAGAUGAUUGCAUAGACCUGGUGAUUCCUAGAGGCAGCAAUGCACUCGUACGUUUUGUCCAGAGCCAUACAAAUAUCCCAGUCAUGGGGCAUGCAGACGGAAUCUGUCAUGCCUACGCGGAUGCAGACUGCGCCUCAACUCCGGAGCGGCUGAAGGACGCGAUCGCAAUAAUAAGGGACAGCAAAUUGCAAUAUGUGGCAGCUUGCAACGCACUGGAGGUCCUAUUAGUGCACAAGGACGCUGCAGAGGCAUUGCUUCCGGCCCUAGGUGCUGCUCUCGCUGCUGAAGGUGUGCGUUACCGCGCUGACGAAGAAGCUGCUGCGUGGCUACCCAAGGAGGCGACGGAGGCAGCGAGGCCGGAGGACUUUGCAACGGAAUGGCUGGCCCCCAUUCUGUCCGUGCGGAUCGUUGAGACUAUACAAGAAGCGCUGCAUGCCAUCAAUAACAAUGGCUCACAUCAUACGGAUGUCAUUCUCUCAUUUUCUCCGACAAACAUCGAAACAUUUAUGCGAGGUGUCUGCAGUGCGGACGUUUUCUGCAACUGCAGCACCCGCUUCGCUGACGGCUACAGGUUUGGCUUUAAUGCCGAGGUUGGAAUUGCUACUGGAAAGACCCACGCAAGGGGCCCUGUGGGCCUUGAGGGCCUCUGCACAUACGCUUACAGACUCUAUGGCAGGGGUCACACCGUGGCGGCUGUGGAGCGGCGAGCGGCCGAACAGGGGUUGCCGGGAUUCACUCACAGGCCUCUAUUGGUGGUUGAGCAGACAAGCAUCGGUAGCGCAGUGCUUGUAAAUGAGGAUGGGAUUGAUGCGUUCGAGCGAAGCAGGCUACUGCAGUAG